GCCAACGUUCGCCGAUGAUCCAUGAAUGAAUUUUUAUUCUCACAAUGGACGAAGGUAACUCCCACUCCCAAACGGUAGUUAUCUUCGAUCUGUCGAACCAUGAAAUCCAUUUCCAGGUUGAAGAAAUGUGUCGGCGCAGCAUCCAUGGACUCUCCUCCUCCAUUGCUACUACUUCACCUGCUACGUCCAUAUUCCCUCAAUGUCAUCGAGUUGGGCAAUGGACCUGAACGUGAUCCAUCCACUCUAAUCAAUGACUUCACCAGAUUCUGCUAUCAAAGAGACCUCCCCAGAGCCAUGACAGCAUUGCAUUCUAUGCAAAACCAUAAAAUAUGGGCUGACUCCAUCACAUAUUCCGAGCUCAUCAAGUGCUGCUUGGCUCGCGGCGCCAUCGAACAAGGUAAAGUCGUCCACAAACACAUUUUCUCUGAUGGGUACCAGCCCAAGACCUUCCUGCUCAAUGUUCUUCUUAACAUGUACGUUAAAUUUAAUCUCUUAAACGAAGCCCAAAUGUUGUUUGUUCAAAUGCCCCAAAGAAAUUUUGUAUCGUGGACAACAAUGAUAGCUGCUUUCUCUGAUGCUGACCUCAAUGACAAGGCCUUGGAGUUCUUAAUUCUAAUGCUUAGGGAAGGCGCCAGGCCCAACAUGUUCACUUACUCUUCUGUUUUGAGAGCCUGCGCUGGUUUACCCAACCUCAGACAGCUCCAUUGUGGCAUUAUCAGGACUGGGUUGGACUCUGAUGUCUUUGUCAGGAGUGCUCUCAUUGAUAAUUACUCGAAAUGGGGUGAAUUGCAAAAUGCUCUCUGUGUCUUCAAUGAGAUGGUGACUGCAGAUUUGGUUGUUUGGAAUUCCAUUAUUGGUGGAUUUGCUCAAAACAGCGAUGGGGAUGAAGCUCUGAAUCUUUUCAUAAGAAUGAAGAGAGCUGGGUUUCUGGCAGACCAGUCAACACUAACGAGUGCAUUGAGAGCUUGCACUGGUUUAGCUCUGUUAGAAUUGGGUAGACAAUUGCAUGUUCAUGUACUCAAGUUCCAUCAAGAUCUAAUCCUUAACAAUGCACUCCUCGACAUGUAUUGCAAGUGUGGCAGUUUGGAAGAUGCCAACUCUGUUUUUAGUCGGAUGGUGGACAAGGAUGUCAUCUCUUGGAGCACCAUGAUCAUAGGUAUGGCCCAAAAUGGUUUCAGCCAGCAAGCACUGAAGUUGUUUGAGGCAAUGAAAGUCUCAGGCACCAGACCAAACUACAUUACAGUUCUUGGGGUUCUGUUCGCUUGCAGCCAUGCAGGACUAGUAGACAAUGGGCAAUAUUACUUUCGAUCAAUGAAGAAGCUUUUUGGUAUUGAUCCAGGAAGAGAGCACUAUGGUUGCAUGGUUGAUCUUCUUGGAAGAGCAGGGAAGCUUGAUGAGGCAGUACAGCUAAUUCAUGAAAUGGAAUAUGAACCAGAUGCUGUGACCUGGAGAACUUUGCUUGGCGCCUGUAGGGUCCACCGGAACAUGGAUCUUGCUGUAUAUGCUGCCAAACAAAUUCUAAAGCUGGAUCCCAGUGAUGCAGGAACCUAUAUACUUUUAUCCAAUAUUUAUGCAAAUUCUCAGAGAUGGGAAGAUGUUGCAGAAGUGAGGAGGACCAUGAGGGGCAGAAGAGUGAAGAAGGAACCUGGGUGUAGCUGGAUUGAAGUAAACAAGCAAAUACAUGCAUUCAUCUUGGGGGACUAUUCACAUCCACAAAUUGAUGAGAUCAGCAGGGAGCUGAACCAGUUGAUUUGGAGGUUAAAGGAAAUGGGUUAUGUUCCAGACACAAAUUUUGUAUUGCAAGAUCUGGAAGGGGAACAGAAGGAAGACUCACUCCUGUACCACAGUGAGAAACUGGCAAUUGUGUUUGGUAUGAUGAACUUGUCGCUGGAGAAGACUAUAAGAAUCAGGAAAAACCUCAGGAUUUGUGGAGAUUGUCAUGUCUUUGCAAAAUUACUGGCUAAGAUGGAGUGUCGGAGCAUUGUCAUCAGGGAUCCUAUACGUUACCAUCAUUUUCGUGAUGGAGUUUGUUCUUGUGGGGAUUAUUGGUAACAGAGGACGUUGUUAUGAGUCAUUACUGGCUAAGAUGGGGUGUCAGAGCAUUGUUGUCAGGGAUCCAAUAC